AUGGUUGCUUGCAAACAUCUAUCCAGAAUCCGGCCGCAAUCUCUACGAUCGGACUCAAUCCUGCACCACCAUUAUGUCCUAUCGAGUGAAUACAGCGACUGUUUGGCAACGACGUUAUCUCCUGCCCUUGCGUCAGGGAGCGACUUUUUAUAUCACCUCCUUCUCGAAGAUUCAAUACAUCAAACUCAAACGUAUACUAAGUUUACCAGCAUACGGCUUCCGGAAAAUGUAGCGAUUCGUGUCCGUGGCCUUCUCCCCGUCAACAUGGUGUAUGCCUUGCUACAUGCUAUCACAACGUCGACCUCUCUUACACACUAUCGAGAGCAUGGGCGGCUGCCUUUGUCCUAUGGCCUCCUUGGCAUCCCAUUCUCAGACUAUCUUGUCGACACUGCUCUUGCAGCUGUAUCUGAAACCUUCGAUCAACCACUGCUACUUGCAAAGGACUCUACUGUGACUCUGCAAUAUCGACCUUCAAAGCAGGCUGUCGCAUGUUUGAACAGGACUCAGCGAGCCUGA